AGACGUCAUUAAAACACACACACACACACACACACACAUACACACACACAAAUCUACACACCGCCUCGUGCGUUUGGCCAAAGAGGAAAAGUGUUCAUCCCUUCACUCCGGAGGAAACUGUGUCAGCGGGAAACAGACAGCAGCAGUCAUCAGUCUUAUAAACAUCAGAUUGAAAUUCCUCUUGGUAUGGGUAAUAAUGUGUCGGGUUUACAGACGCUGCACCUUGGACAACAGCAGGGGUUCCACCGCCUCCGAAACUCUCCGAAAGACUCCCUUGGUGGCCCGUUUCCAUCUACGUCACACCGAUGUCACCACAAACCCAAAAGGUGUCUGCCCAUUCAGUGUGGCAUCAUCGGCGGGCAAAUUCCCCUCAGCCCGCUUCUCUUCCAUCCAAACACCAAGGGAUCCCAAAUUGUCAUGGACGUCACCCAGAAGACCGCUAAGAGACAGGCCAGUUUCUGCAACGCCAUCACAUUCUGCAACAGGCCCAUCGCUCUGUAUGAGCAAGUCCGCCUCAAGAUCACUAAAAAGCAGUGCUGCUGGAGUGGGGCUCUACGUCUGGGCUUCACCUCUAAAGACCCCUCCAGGAUAAAUCCUGACAACCUACCUAAGUACGCCUGCCCCGACCUGGUGUCACAGAGCGGCUUCUGGGCCAAAGCACUGCCCGAGGAGUUUGCCAAUGAGGGCAACAUCAUCGCCUUUUGGGUCGACAAGAAGGGGAGAGUCUUCUAUCGCAUUAAUGAAUCCAGUCCCAUGCUGUUCUUCAGCGGAGUCCGCACAGCUGAGCCCCUCUGGGCACUCAUUGAUGUUUACGGUCUGACCCGCGGAGUACAGCUGCUAGACAGUGAGAUUGUCCCCGCCGACUGCCUGCGCCCGCGCUCCUUCACCACCGUGCGCUCCUCCUCUCUGCGGCGCGAGGCGGACGACUCCCGCCUGUCGGUCAGCCUGUGUGACCUCAACCUGCAGCAGGAGGACGGACGCUCGCCCCGCAACCACGCCCACCGCCACACCCUCCACCUGGCUUCAUCUUCCUCCUCCUCCGCCUGCCCCAUACCACAGAACUCGCUCAACUCCCAGCAGUCCUCUCUGCUGCCGUCAUCUCUGGAGAGCGACCUCCACUUCCACCAGCUGCGCGGCGCGCACAUCAAGACGCUGGACGAGCAGACCGUGGCUCGAUCCGAGCACGCGCGAGAGGAACGCACCCUCGUCUUCACCAACCGGCCCCUGCGCACCGGAGAGACCGUCUUCAUCAAAGUCACCAAGUCCAGCCCGGCGCGCUCAGGCUCGUUGUCCUAUGGCGUGACGUCGUGUGACCCGUCUGUUCUGCGCCCCAGCGACCUGCCCUACAACCCGGAGGCCCUUGUGGACAGGAAGGAGUUCUGGGCGGUGUGCCGGGUGCCCACGCCUCUUCAAAGCAGCGACAUCCUGGGCUUCCUGGUCAACCACGAGGGGGAGGUCAUCCUCAGCCACAACGGCACCAACGUGGGCAUGCAGGUGUGUGUGGACAACUCCCGUCCACUCUGGAUGUUCUUUGGUCUGCAUGGGGCUGUGACUCAGCUGAGGAUUCUGGGUUCCACUCAUCUCGGUGAUCAGCGCACCACCUCAAGCCCGAGCUCGCCCUCCUCCUCUCCCCACACCCCCAGUGCCCUGGACAGUGGUAGCUCUGAUCCAGUGCUGAACGGAGGCCUGUGCUCUGCCGCUUACUGCAGCUCAGCAGGGGGAACAACCCCAAAUUCACCAGUCAGCCUCCCGAAAUCCCCCACGUUCCCAGCAGGCCGCGGGCCUUGGUCUGAUGAGUGCUCCAUCUGUUACGAGAACACGGUGGACACGGUGAUCUACGCGUGUGGACACAUGUGUCUCUGCUACACCUGUGGCGUCAAACUCAAGAAGAUGUCCAACGCCUGCUGUCCCAUCUGCAGACGGCAAAUCAAAGACAUUAUCAAGACCUACCGGAGCACAUAAGGGGGACAGGACGCCUAACGGACAGGACUGCCUUCCUUAAAAAUAAAUCGGCAUAAUCCCAGUGCCAGGGAAAUUAAUGUCUCAGUUCAGGGAAUAUGAACUCUGGUUCAUCCAAUUCUAGUUGUUUGAACCUUUUCCAAAGCUGGUACUGUGUCUCUGGAGGGUCUCUUUCUUUUUAGAGGUGACGUCACAGCAUCCCUGCAGACGGUGCACUGUAAGAGGCAUGGGAGGUUCCACUGAGAACUUCAUUUUUGCCAGAAAUGUUCACUUUCUCUUGCAUCCUGACUGACUUUGAGACAAAAAAUUCUUACACUCUGUAGUUGGUUGAGCCAUGUUGUACGAUUUAGGGAACGCUCCGGAGCAGAUUAGUCACUUUGGGGCUGAAUGUGUCAACAAUAGUUCUCUAAGAAGAAGCUCUGAAAUAUGUCUCCGACCUGGUGCGGACUUCUGACAUCAAUCAAGACGAGCCCACCUUGCAGCAGGUUACAUCUCAGUAUGACACAACUUGUGUCUGUGUGUGACUGAGAUGUGAAGACAAGAAAUCGGUCUAGUAACGAUGUAGUGAUGGAUUUCUGUAAUUGUCGUGGUGAUUUAUCAGUCAGUGAUGUGCUUAGAGAUGCAAGACAGUGCUGAGUCAAAUUUUAAAUAGGAUUGUAAAACCUCUUUUUACUUGUGUAAUCUAAUGUACCGUAAUGGUAGUUCUAUUGCAAACGUCGGUGGUAGCUAUGUUGUUAGGCUAGCUGCUUGCUCUGCAAUGUGGUAUGUUGCACUGAAAUCGGCUUCAUCCUCUCAAAAAAACAAAACAAAAAAAAAACGCCCUGUUAUUGACAGAGGAUAAUGAAAAACCUGCGUCCAGCCAACUCAGCAGCUACAAAUCCACAAAAAAAAAAAAAGAAACCGGAAGUGAUUCUCCUCAGGGUUAGCAAUCUUUUGUAAGAAGAUUUGAAUUAUUUCCCCUAACUUUUCCUGUAUACCCAGGCCUUGUACACUGUGAGCGCUCAUGACAAAAAGGGAGUUCCUCUUAAAUAGUUCCCCAAAAUACAACAUUACGUCAAAGGAUUGUUGCUAUGAUAUCAGGAUCAACCACAGAUACAGUACAGCCUCCUGCCUUAACCCAGAAAUGGUUCAGUUGUCACAUGCAGAUGUGUCAUAUUCUGUGUUUUUCCAAAGCCCCUUAAAAAAAAAAAAAUGUACCAAAUGAUGCUGUUUGUGUGCCACACACGGCUUUCUCAGAGGGAACAAAAAGCACACAAAAUUCAAGAUAUUUUUGUAAUGUAAAUCUAUGACAUUUCAAAUAUUUAUACACUUCACCAGCAACAAUCCUUUAUAGAACUCAGUUCAGGGGCUCAUAUUUUUAAUAUUUCUACAAUAACUAUCCCCUUUAAAUUCAUGAUGAAAUGUCUGUACACCCCCCUUCUGAAAUGUCAACUCAGCAUCUUAUAAUAGCUUAUAAUAUAACACGACAUCACUCGAAGCUGAGAUUCUCUAUUUUCUUUUUUUGUUCAAUCUACAAUAAACUUUAUUUUGUAAAAAAUCAACACAUGGGGCUCAAACCUAUGCUGCUAUUGUAUUCGCCAGCUGUCCUUUUCUGGGCAAAACGCCAUCACCAGUGAUGACACAUCUCCUCUUCGUCCAACUUUUACACUUUGAUUACGCUACAGCUUGAAGUGUUAAAUCACAUCUGAAUGUUAUCUUUAUGUAUUUAGAGAGUUAUUUUUUAUCAGUGUGCGUGAGCUGUAAAACAAAACAAAAAAAAGUAUUUUUUUUUGUCAUUAUGAUUCUGAAAUGUUUCCUUGUUCAUCCAAAAUCACAAGAAUCUAAAUCCAUUCUUGUUUCCUAAUAGAGAGAAUAUAGAGAGUUGCUUUUACCGACGCAAUAAGAAAUAUUGCAGUACACAAUCAGAACCUCAUUGCUUCGGUGUGCAAGUUUUAAAAUCUUGGUUAUAUUACAAUUUCUGUAUUCCAGAUGGGUUUUUUUGUUUUGUUUAGUAAUUUAUCUUUUUGUGUGUGAGCCCAGUUUAGAGAGCCCUCCUAUCCCUUUCUGUAUUUAUAAUUCUUAUCAUGAUAUAGUCAGAAAGCCAUCACUGUAUGGUAAAAUGAUAAAUGUCACUUUAUAAAGCUACUGAUUGUAAUCUUGUAAAUGUUUUUUAUGCCACCUCUGCUUUGGCUCAACUAUGGCUUGUUUUAUUCUGUGCAGACUCUCCGACCAAAUUGUCUUUAUUUUAAAUACAUUGUAAAAAAAAAAUGUAAUUCCCUCUUUGCAAAAUCCUGUGUUCAAUUUGGGUCAGCCAUCAUUAUUCGGACCACAUUGUUUGGUAAUUAAGCUCCUAUUUUAGUAAGAGUUAGGAAAUGAUUUGUCUGAAGUUUUUAUCACAUGUAACUGAUCUGCACAAUCAUUUUCUGUGAAAGGAUGUAAUGCCAUUUUUUAGUUUUGAGAUAUAUUUUUGAAUUCAAAUGAGUCCACAGGCUCCUUGAAUGUUUCUGAUCCUGUAAUUUGAUAUUUAUUUAUUCCUCCGAACCUGCUUUGCUGGAGUGUUUUCUUUCUUUCUGCAUUGCAACUAUAGGAUACGAGUGUGUCUGGGGAAAUCUUACAGCAGCACAUUAGAGAUUCUUUCUGUAGAUUCUUGGUACUUUUUUUUUUUUCAAACAUGCAUGAGUUAUCGGUUUACUACUCUGCGUGAACAUCGGGACCAACUUAAGACUAGCAUCAGAGUGGAACACUGUUAGUGUUAAUGUAGACUGGAACCAGUGGCUAGAAAUAAUGUGUAUAUAUAGCCAUUGUUGUGACACAGCAAGCAAACCUGUAUUUUCUUUCUUUUUCUUUUGAAACAACAAGUGUUUGUUUGUGAGCUCUGAUCUGUGUGAGUCGGAUGAUUGUGGUUAAUAAACUUUCCAGAUGUGUUUGAGCAUUG